AUGUCGACUAGCGACGAAGAUACUAGUGUGUGCACCCCGCCAGAAAUCCGAAAAGAAGCAAGUAACGUGCAGUGUGAUCAAUUACUGCCACAAAAAUCAAAAGAGUUCUACUUAAAAGUUUACGCACAAUUCAAAGAUUGGUGCAAAAUUAAAAAAGUGGCCAAAGUGUCAGAAAAUGUCCUUCUUGUUUAUAUGGAAAAAAAAGCUAAAAACAAAAAAGCUUCCAGUCUAUGGGCCACAUUUUCUAUGUUAAAACAAACUCUUAAAUUAAAAGAAAAUGUGGAUAUUUCAAAAUAUUAUAAAGUAAUUGCUUUUCUCAAACGCAAAAAUGAUUCCUACACACCCAAAAAGGCGGCUGUUUUUGAGAAGCAUCAAAUCACAAAAUUUAUUUUAGAAGCACCUGAUGAAAUUUUUCUUUCGUCUAAGGUUAUUCUCAUUAUAGGAAUUGCAGGAGCUUGUCGGACAGAUGAGCUCUGCAACAUGAAAAUGACAGAUGUAGAUACACGAGAGGAUAUGAUAGUCAUAAAUAUCCCUCAAACAAAAACAAAAUCUUCUCGAAAAUUUGUCAUUAUGGAGCCCACCUGGAUUGAUGUGGUUAAAAAAUACUUGACAAAAAGGCCGUCUCCUGAUAUGGCAAGGCUUUUCAUUGGGUUUAGAGGUGGAAAACCGACUAGACAAAACAUGGGACAUAAUACGAUAAGCAAGACACCUUAUAAAAUAGCUCAAUACCUACAACUGCCAAAUGUCGACAAAUUUACUGGCCAUACAUUGAGGCGAACAUCAGCGACUAUUUUGGCUGAUAUGGGUGGGGACAUAUUAUCACUCAAACGCCAUGGGGGCUGGAAAAGCUCAAUGGUUGCUGAAGGGUAUGUUGAGGAGUCUCUCACUGACAAAAGAAGAAUUGCAAAUAUAAUUCAGGGAACACCUCAUCACAUUAACCUACCUGCUCCUAGCUCUUCCAAUAUUUUAUGUGAGAGGAGUGAAGAAGUGUGUAGUGAAAUGCCAUCUACUUCCACACAUGCUGCUACAAACAGUGAAAUAACUAUACCGGUGGAGAACUUUACCUCCAAUCGCAAUACAUCGGGAAUCAAUAUGACGUGCCACAACUGCACAAUUAACUAUUAUUUCAAAUAAUUAUAGUUGAGGUGUUAAUCUUUAGUUACUUUGUUGUUAAUACUUAUUAUUCUCAAUUUUUUAAUAAACAUUUGUCUUUCGAAUAACACAAUAUUAUUUCUACAUUAACAUUUUCAUUAUUUAUUAUAAAAAUACUACUUCUUAACAGAUUACACAAAUUAGAGGUUAAAAAUGUCGCGUGCUCGUAAGAAUAACUGCAAUAGAUUUUUCAUGAUUGCUCUGGUGGCAUUCUUGCUGGAGUGUGGUCCAGGCGGCAAAUUUAAGAUUUCGCAAGAAAUUUCAGCUUCCCAGUUCUACAUCAUCUGUCAUUAAUAAACAAUGUAUAAAAUGUGGCAGCUUAAUGUCAAGUAAACACCUCAAC